UUAGUUUUUCAGAACACGAAGUUAUAAUAAAAACAAACUUUUGCUAAUUUACUUAUGUUGUAGUCUUUGAAAUAGAUCGUAAAAUAGAAAGAUAACACCAUAUUCUGAUUAACGUUUGUUGUUGGCAGUAGGUUUUUCUGUGGUUGGUACGCCUGUGCGCUACCCUCUCGAUGUGGAUUAGUUUAAGGGUGACGCAAAGAUGUGAAACCGUAAUUCGGUAGUGGGUGUAACUCACUUCAAAUAACGAAAUAAGCAAUAAAACAUGCCUGGAAAAGUGAAGGUGAAAAUAAUAUCAGGCAAAAAUUUGCCUGUGAUGGACAGAUCGAGUGACACAACAGAUGCCUAUGUCGAAAUCAAAUUGGGCAGCACCACAUACAAAACUGAUGUGUGCAGAAAGUCCUUACAUCCUCAAUGGAAUUCUGAAUGGUACAGAUUUGAGGUGGAUGAUUCGGAGCUUCAGGAUGAGCCUUUACAAAUCCGUCUGAUGGACCAUGAUACUUACUCAGCAAACGAUGCAAUUGGCAAAGUGUACCUUAAUUUAAACCCUCUACUACUGCCAGCAGCAAGCCAGCUAAACAAGCAUGGAUUUAAUGGUGACACCAACAGCAAUCACGACAAUGUGGGCAGUUCUGUUAUGUCCGGGUGGAUUCCAGUGUAUGACACAAUGCAUGGGAUUAGAGGAGAGGUGAACAUUACCGUCAAAGUGGAUCUCUUCUCAGAUUUUAACAGAUAUCGGCAAUCCUCGUGUGGAGUUCAGUUUUAUUGCUCUCCAACUGUGCCCCAAGGAUACUAUGCUCAAGUCAUCCACGGUUUCGUGGAGGAGUUAAUAGUUGACGACGAUCCAGAAUACCAGUGGAUCGACAAAAUUCGAACGCCGAGAGCCUCGAACGAAGCGAGACAAACGUUAUUUUUCAAGUUGUCCGGGGAGUUGCAACGAAAGAUAGGUGUUAAAGCGAUUAAUUUGGGGGGUAACGCGGUCAUUGGAUACAAUCAGCAGUUCGAUUUGGAGGGAGAGUGUGGGGUUGUGGCCAGAGGAAUCGGUACUGCUGUUACCUUAGUCAAAACUGUGGAUAUGCCGUGUGGAAGUGCCGUCUCAACGGUCGUUAAUGAUGAGAAAAAUGAUGAUCGUGCACUUAACUAUCUAAAAUUCGUUGGCUGCGAUAAAAGCUUUCGCUUAAAUUCAGCGCCCGCUCACUCCAGUUUGUUGAUACCUUUUCCCGCACCCGCCAAACCAUUCCAUCCAAAGAUUUAUGAAAGGAGCCUCGUGAAACCUAAUUACAAUUUCACCAGACAUUUGUCGUACAACGAACACUUACGUUCCACUCAAUCGAAUCCGUCACUGAACGAACACACGCCGCUGAAAACUUUACUGAAACAAGAAGACAAACGUGGAACUCCGGGCCACGGAAUCUCGCAGCGGUUCAAGAACUUGAAAUACUCGUCGCAGAGUUCACUGUCGAAAAAAAUGACCGCUCUUAAAGCGAAGCUGGGGGACACCGGCAUCGGCGAAGAGACUGAGGAGUACUUGCCGAUAGACGCGACGAAGAAGAGGAGCAUGUUUAAGAAAACGCACAACGCUAACAACAGUGCGAUGGCGGAACUGCUGGCCAGGUCCGUAAUCCAUGCUCACAAUAGUCUGAGUUGCAUUUUGGAGGUGCAAAACUCCCCACAACACACCGACUCCGAGUCGGAAACUCUUGACAAGUUGGAGCCUUUGGCGAACCUUCUCAGCAAAUCCGAACCCGACAUUAUAAGUGAUGACAACAUCAGCGAACAACGGUCUUAUUCUAGUUCAGAUUCGACCAGUUCUGACUACGAUUGCGAGUCCAACGAUUUGAAUCAGGAUAUUAAUUAUGACGAAUUGGAUACCAUCAGCAAUAUUUUAAGUAACGUCGAACUGCUGGAAAGGGAUAACCCAAAGGAGAAACUGAAGAAACAAUAUUCUAUGCCCGCUUUGAUGUCAAGAAGCGCCUCCGUAGACCAGGCUUAUUCCAGACGAAACGUGUUUGCCUUCCCGGCUGACAGUGAAGACGAUUUAAGUUUGAAUUACGACGCAGAGUCUGAGUACUCGGAAAUUAUCCCUUGCGAAGCAGACAUUAUUGAGGACGUUAACCUAGAUACAGCCGUGGAUGCUGAUCCAGAAGUAGCUGAUGCGGAAACAGAUGAGCCAAAAUCUGUAUUUGUUUUGGAGGAACAAGACGAUCUAGAUGACGAGGAGCCUGAGGCUGAAGUUAAAGAGCAGGUUGUCAUGCCGUCUACUUCUAAAAAGGUUACUGCCAUUAUCCCCCCUGUGAAUUUAGGCUCAACCAUCAAACCCAAGGGGUUGGUUAAGACUGCAAUGCAGACCAUUCUGUUGGAAAAAGUAAAUAUUAUUGGAACGUACACACCACCAACUUCACCAACCAGUCGGGUUCCACCAGAAAGCGUCAAACCACGCAUGGUAUACUCCCCUUUUACUAACAAUACGAACAAUGGACACAUUAAGAUGAAAAAGUCUUCAACAGCAGCAUCAUUUUCUAAUUAUUCAAGAAAGAAUGAGACGGUUCUGGGGGUUCCCUUUACACACAUUGUCAAUUUAAAAACUGAACUAAAACGUCAACAGUCCCAACCGUGCCUUUCUGGCUCCCUUAAGUCAUCUCGAAAGCCACCCCAACCCGAAGACGUAAUUGUGAAGGCUCGACACAAUUGUUUUUCGGACAGUGAACUGCACAAACACAUUGUAGAUGCGUUUAUCAGCCAAAGCGACAAAAAAAGGAAAAAGUUCUUCAGCCUACUAUUGAAAACUAGGAGUUACGAAUCGUCUCUGGAUAAACCUGAUGAGCCCAAACACAAAAGGAAGUUUAGUUUGUUCCACCACAAAAGAAAGGGGAAGAGCACCGACGAAAUAAACAACAAAAAACGGUUUAAUUUCAUAAAAAGAAACCGAAAGACAUCCGAAAACGAAAACGAAACCAAAGAACAUAAGAACAUACUGUCGAAAAUAUUCAGCAAAUCGGAAAAGAACGUGUCCAAGGCGGAUUCGUUGAAACCAUUACCGGAGGCUCCCCAAUUGUCCACCCCCAAUUUAACAAUUACUAAUCCCAACCUCCCCAAAUCCGAGCUUGACAAUACAAAAAUUGAACCAAGCAAUAAUAACAGUAAUGUGCAAGCGUGCUUAACCCUGAAUAGGAAUUCGUCGCCACUACCGGAACAACCGCAACAACAGUCGGGCAAUGGUUACGCCACCCCCGAACAAUCGGCUAAACCGGGACAAUCUCCAGCCAAGCUAAAUAAUAUGGCCAUCAUUCACCGGAGGUCAUCUGAUUCUGACCUGAGCAUCACCCCAAAGGGAAACAGUUUAACAGGAAGCGACAGGUCAGGUGGUGGAGCAGGAUGUUUUAUGAGAAACAAUGUCAUUUUACGGUCGCAAAUCCACCAGGAAAAUUUUGACAUGUUGGAAUAUCCCUUUCUUACCAUGUCGAAGUUUCCUCCGGGAUUUAUUGUGCACAUUGGCGGUGCAGUAAGUGCGAGGUCAGUAAAACUUCUCGAACGGAUUACAAACGUAGAAGAGCCCGAGUCACGUGACACCUGGUGGUCGGAACUUAGAAUGGAGAUAAGGUCACACGCAAGGAGUUUGAAUUGUAACGCUGUUCUAGGAUAUUCUGAAACGACCAGCAUUUGCGAUGAUGUUUGUGUAUUAAGUGCAACGGGCACAGCUGCAAUAAUAGGUUUCGUCUACGUUGAUGAAGUUGAGGACUCAAUUGGCAAUUUACCUGUGAUACCAAAGCCCCAUGUUUUACCAAAAAAUAUCAUGACAACUUCACUAGAUAGGAAUAUUGAGAAAGAUAAACCCACUACUAAAGAAGAAAAGGUAGAUAAAUACAGUGCGAACAAAACUUUGUUUGAGAGCCCAGAACACAUUCUCCAUCAGAUCAACACUCCCCCAUGUUCAAUUACUCAUCUUCCCUACGAAUCCAAUAACGUGUCAGUCAGGUCCAGCGGAUUUAAAUGCGGCUCCUGCUUGAAAGCUAAAGUUCCCGACAUUUUACUAUCGACCAUUGAGCCUCCGGACAACUUACCGAUAAUAGGGCGGGGCUGUUUUGUUGAGUCCACCCUGUGCAGACAAUUAAAGGAUGUACGAGGAGAGUCUAUUGCAAAGGACAUAUCAGAUGGUUUGCCGUUUCUCGAGUAUGAACUUCACAGAUUACUUAUAAACAAACUAAAAAUCAAGGGCAUGAAUUCGAUAUUUGGGUUGAAGAUUAAAAUAUCGGUAGGGGAAAGAAUGUUGACAGGUAUUGCCACGGGCACUGCGUUGUUCUUGGCCCCCCUGCCCACGCCCAACAUACCAAAAAUCGUGUCGGACCGUGACGACAAGAAAAUUAGUGAUCUCCAAAAAGAACUGCACGAAACGGUUCGGAAGAACAGAGACAUAUAUCAGUUAAAAGGAGUGGAUGAGAUUUCCAACGGUCGGACCUCAGACAAUGAAGACUCAGAAGAUGAGCCGUCUUCUUUGGAUUUGUCCUUGGGCAACAAAGAUUGUUGUGUGCUGGAGGUGGACGAUCCCCAGGACGAAGAAAUCAUAAACUUAUUGGUGGAAAGACCCCCACCGGAAGGGUUUCACGUGGUGAACACGGAAACUGUUCCGGGAUUGGAGGACCUGGAAAUCGUUAAGAACUUACAAAUGUUCACACAAAUCUAUAGAGUUAAGAUACAGCCGCAGUUCAAUUUAAACCAACAUUUCAGGCGACUGUUGGAGUCGGUUUAUUUUAAACUUAGAAGGAUGGUUCCUUGUGCCUUAUGUGAUUUAGAAUUUAGGAUAGAUCUACCGGAACCAGAUGAAAUACAACUAUGUGUGAUUGGUAUGGCUUUAGGAUUAGGGAAGACUUGUAGGAAAAUAAAACCUGUAACGAGGCGUGUGGAAGAUGAUCUAAUAUUUAAAUUGGACGAAGAUCAAAUAAGUGAAAUCAACAAUAGUGUUCAAACAAAUCAAACCUUUUUAAGUACCCAAUCAUUAAAGAACAAACAGAGAUCACCAUCAAAAAGUAGAACACAGUCGGUCAAACAAAGACAUAUACCAUACAAAGAACGACAUGGCGUAGACAUCACUCCUCUGUCGUACGUUCCUGGGGGAAAGAUCGAACGUUAUUUAGGCAAUCUAAACUUUUUCUUUAUCAGAGAAACCACAUCUAUAAGAGAAGAAGGAGGUUUAAGUGGAUUCAUACAUAGUUUUAUGACGGAGGUGCUAGCAAUCGUGAGGGCACAUGUAACAGCCCUGGGAGGUAACGCCCUUGUUGCCUAUUUCAUGACUGAAUGUGUCCUCAAUUAUAGUCUCUACAAGAACCAGGGACAAUGCCUCAUCAAUGUGGGUGGAGAUGUAGUUUUUGUUUCUUACUUUAAAGAAGACACAUAAUUGUUUCUGUUACUUUUUAUUUAAUUUUGUUACGACGGACCUUUUUAUAUUAAACAUUUCCUUUUAAAUAAUUGGAUGAUGUACUUAAAAUGUGCCAUUGUACUUUGUUUAUUUGGACCAAGGAUUGACUUUUGCUCAAUUUAUCUUGCCAAACUUUUAGAUUUUAAAUAUAAAAAGGCCGACACCUUAUUUUGUAUUGUUUAUAUAGUAUUUUUUAUGUUUUGUUUAAACCAAGUACUUAUUGUUUUUAGUGAGUUUUAUAUCAGGGUUUUUGUGUUCUAAUUGUUACUGUGCAUUUCUUUUUCAUUUUUUUAUUUAAGGCUAGAAACGUUUAUGUGGUGCAAUAAAUAAAUUAAUAAACAACCAGACAAUCUGAAUGUAAUUAGUGUAAACGAAAUGCACAGUUAUACAAUUGUUGCUCAAUUUUAUUCGUUUAUAUACAUACAUAUAUUUAUCUUGGUUUGUUGUUAAAUUAACUAUUGUUUAUAUUUAUUAUGAAUUAUUCAUGAAAUACCUCACAAAAUUCACUACCCUUUAAAUAUUUAUAUAUAAUCAAUCAGUUGCAAUAAUUAAUAAAUAAAUAAAGCAUUGUUAAAGAAAUGAACAUCACUAUUAUGCUACAUCAACGAAAUCGAUCAGUUCUUAAAAAAUAUAAUUUUAAAGUAAUUUCAGUGCUAGGGACAAUGAGAAUUGAAUCAGUCUAUUUUUAUAUAAUAGUAAAUUUUAAGGAACAAACUUAAAAUAAAUAGAUUAAGUGCAAUAUUGAGUGAGAUUUGAUAAAUAAAUUAAGACGUGUAUUUCAUGAAUGGAAACUCAAAAUAUCGAGUUCAUUUCUAUAUUAAUGAAAGUUCAUAUUAUCGUUAACUAGUUGUAUGGAGGAAUUUAAAGUUCACACAAUAAAUCUUGCUAUUAAAAUGUUUCAAAUAAAUUCCUCAAAUAAAAAUUUCGGAUUGAA